AUGAGUGAUCCCAAGAGCAACGGAAAAGACGAUAAGGCGUCAGCCCCCCCAGCAUCGCUCGUCCCGGUGCAGCCAACCCCCCUCAGCUCCAAAGACAAGACCACCAAGAGAUUGGUGGUGGUGUUAUCACAAGCAUGUUUGGAGACCCACAAGAUGAACGCCGGCGGCCCAGGCGGCGACAAGUACGCGUUGUUGAACUGUGACGACCACCAGGGGUUGUUGCGCAAAAUGGGCAGAGACAUUGCUGAGGCAAGACCAGACAUAACCCACCAGUGCUUGUUGACGUUGUUGGACUCGCCCAUCAACAAGGCCGGCAAGUUGCAGGUGUACAUCCACACGGCGCGCGGGGUGUUGAUAGAGGUCAACCCAGCCGUCAGAAUCCCCAGAACCUUCAAGAGAUUCUCGGGGUUGAUGGUGCAGUUGUUGCACAAGUUGAGCAUCCGGUCCGUCAACUCGGAAGACAAGUUGUUGAAGGUGAUCAAGAACCCCAUAACCGAGCACUUGCCCACCAAGUGCCGCAAGAUCACCUUGUCGUUCGACGCGGAGGUCAAGAGAGUCCAGGACUACGUUUCUACCUUGGACGAUGACGAGAGUAUAUGUGUGUUUGUGGGUGCCAUGGCCCGAGGAAAGGAUACCUUCGCAGACGAGUUUGUCGACGAGAAGAUCGGUCUUUCCGACUACCCGUUGUCGGCAUCCGUUGCGUGCUCCAAGUUCUGCCACGGCUGUGAGGACGUCUGGGGCAUCUUCUAG